AAAGCCUACUAACUAAAUAUUGUGACAUUUAAUUAAAUGAAAAGUGAGAGUGUGUUAUGAUUAUUGUGAACAAUAUACUUUCUUGAAGAGAAUAUUAUCUAUAUUUGUAAAAAUAUGAAGAAAAAACCCGAAAUAAGGGCUUUAAAUGUUGUUUCUUUCGUUGAAUAGAGAAACACAAAUACGUCUUUGUUUCAUUUUACCAAUUAACCAAGAGUGAAACAUUAUUAAAAACAUUUUAUGCAAAUAUUUCACGAAACAUGGAAAAAUUGAGUUUUGAUUUUGCUGUGAAACCAACAGCAGAUGGGAAAUCAAACACCAUAUGCAUAACCUCAAUAGCUACACCUGAUGGCAGAUUUUUGAAAUUCCACUCGAACACCAACCUGCAAAUAUACCCCCAAGCAGUUAAAAAUAUUCCAAACUGUGCCAAGGUUGUAAAAAAUGCUACGACUCGUAUUCGCGAGGGCGUGGCGACACGGCAGAGGCCAAGCGAAGCUGCUGAGGUCGGUUGUUGCGCGGCAGAGGAGGGAGCUCUCCUCCGCCGUACAGCUGACGGCAGAAAGGUACCCAGACGUGAAGAGGGGAAACUACAGCGUCCUCGCAGACCGCCACCUGCAGUUCUUCGAGAGCAUUCUCGGCAGAGAAAGGGUUCUGACCGACCCAGAUGAUGUCGAGCCUUAUAAUGUGGACUGGCUCAGAAUAGUACGAGGUGCUAGCAAAGUGGUGCUGAAGCGAAAAACAACUGAAGAGGUAUCGGCCAUCUUCAAGUUCUGCAAUGCCGAAAGCUUGGCGGUUGGCCUUGUCGGGGGAAGUGUUCCAGUUUUUGAUGAAGUGGUUGUAUCCACAUCUCUUAUGAACAAAAUUUUAAGUUUGGAUGAGCUGUCAGGCGUGCUGGUGUGCCAGGCGGGGUGUGUCCUGGAGACCUUGGAAGGCCACGUGCAGGAGAGGGGACUGAUGAUGCCCCUCGACCUGGGCGCCAAGGGCUCCUGUCAGAUCGGGGGCAACGUGUCCACCAAAGCUGGCGGCUAGCGGCUGCUGCGCUACGGGAGUCUGCACGGCAGCGUUCUGGGCAUAGAGGCCGUGAAAGCAGAUGGCCAGGUACUUGACUGCCUGAGCUCGUUGAAGAAGGACAAUACCGGCUACCACCUGAAGCACUUGUUCAUCGGCUCCGAAGGGACUCUGGGCUUAGUUACAAAAGUGGCCAUACAGUGUCCCGCCAGUCCGCGAGCCGUCAACACAGCAUUUUUAGGACUGCUCACGUUCGAGGACGUGCUCCAGACGUUCAAGGACGCGCGCAGCGGCCUGGGGGAGAUACUGUCGUCGUGCGAGAUGAUGGACGCUGCUUCCAUGGACGCGAGCGUCGGCAACCUGAAGCUGACCAACCCCAUCAGUGACCACCCGUUCUACAUGCUGAUAGAGACCUCGGGCAGCAACGGUCAGCACGAUGAGGAGAAGCUGAUGCAGUUCCUGGAGAGAUCCAUGGAGCACGGCACCGUGCGGGACGGCACCGUCGCCACGGAGCCCUCCAGGAUAAAGCCUAUGUGGGAAUUACGAGAACGUGUAACAGCCGGCAUGAUGUGUGAAGGGUAUGUUUACAAAUAUGACAUAACACUGCCCCACACUAACUAUUACAGUAUUGUCACAGAGAUGGCAAAGCACUUGGAAGGCCGUGUUAUCCGCUGCUGUGGCUAUGGACACGUGGGUGAUGGAAACCUACAUUUGAACAUCAGCACAAAAGAUUUUGACCAUGAUGUUCACAAUAUGAUUGAGCCCUAUGUGUUUGAGUGGACGUCCAAGUUACGAGGCAGCAUUAGUGCAGAGCACGGCAUUGGCUUCAAGAAGACAAAGUUCAUCCACUACACCAAGUCGCAAGGCUCCAUAGAACUCAUGAAAGACAUCAAGAAAAUGAUGGAUCCAAAAGGAAUUCUCAACCCAUACAAAGUGCUUCCAUUUUGACUCCGUGUUUUUCAGUUUCAAGUGUAAGCUGUAAACUUUGAAAGUUAGUAUGAACCACAUUCAUCAAGGAUGGUGGUGAUAAUUAGAACUUUUUUUUUUGCAAUCUUUUAUUAUUUUACAUUUUUUCUGUAUUUUCCAUAACUGUUUCAGUGGUCUUCUGAUUUUUUUAUUGGAAUAUGAUUGAAUAAAAUUUGGAUAACUCAAGUCUUAAAGCAAUGCUUUAUUUUAAAUUAACAUGUUCUCUAACCAUCCAUGCUAGUUGUCUGUAUACUUCAUAAAUAAAAACCAUACAUUUUCAUAAAUUUCAGUGGACUUAUAUCUUACGACAACGGUGAUGGUGAUUCCAGUGUAAAUAUGUUUUAAACUUUUUUAAAACCAAUUUUUUACAAUUUUAAUGUUAGCUGUGUUAUGUCAAAUAACCCUUUUAAGAGUUACUUUACUUUAAAUUUUGUAACAUUUAAUCUUAUGUAUUGUGUGUUUAUUUGGAAUUGGCUUGUGAAGCUGUGAAGAAAAUAAUAGUGUUCAUAAACUCUUUUUUUUCUGUUUUAUUUAUAUAUAGAAUAACAUGGUGGUUGUUAAAGACACAAAACUUUCAAAAGUCUUAUGUAAACAGAAAUAUUUUUUGUAUCAUUUUCAGGUACAUAAUUGCAUAAAUUAUAAUAUCUGAAAAUUGAUUUUAACUUGUUUUUUUUUAAUGGAAACAAAUCAAAGUAUGAAAUUGUUUUUCUAGUUUAUUAUUAACUUUAAGACAGACGUAAUUACUGUGCAAGAUGUAAACUGAGUACUAGAUACCAAUAAAGUUACUUAUAUAUUUGUA